UGUGAGCGCUCUCGCGUGAUUUGCUCCGCCCCGUGGUGGCUGCUGCGAGGCACGAAAAACGCCGCAGGACUCUUCACUUUAGUCGAGCGGCGCGCUUCGAGCAGUGAUGAGCAGCAGGCAGCUUAGUUCGCAGUAUAAAUGCCAAUUGGAUUAUGUGAAUCAACAACUACAACAACAACAACAAUAGUGAAUGCAUAUCAACAAGUGGAAGUGUCAAGAAGUGUGCAUAGAAAACAAAUGAGAAAUACUUGAAUGAAAAGAAUAACAACAAUACUAUGAAAAGCUCGUGAUAACAACAAAUACUAAAGCUGAAAAUAUGCCCUGUGAAACAACAGCAACAACAACGAAAUAAAUAUUCAACUGGGCAUGGGCUAAUUAAAGGCCAAUCUAUGUGCGUUACUUGUGCCAAAAGUUGUGGAUAAACCAACAACAAUAACAAAAACAACUAUAUAUAACUAAAACAAAACAACGUAUAAAAGAAGCAGCGACAACAACAACAACCAGCAACCAGCAUCGUCUGCAACAGCAGGCAACAAAAUCGCGCACAGAAUGUACAAAAUGUUUAGAAAACAUUUUCGCCGAAAAUCAACAAAAGGCAAUUCAACGACAGCAACAGCAACAACUACAACAACAACAGCAACAGCAACGGAAGACAGCCUGAGAAUGUGUGGAACGAGGCAGAGACAGAGGCCGAGGCAAAGGCAAACAACGGCGCUGCGAUCGUCGCUGAUCGACAACUGUCGAUCAUUAAAGUCUGCCUGCAACUUAAUUGCUUUAAUUUUAAUAUUGUUAGUUCAUAAGAUAUCCGCAGCUGGCAACUUCGAGCUGGAAAUAUUAGAAAUCUCAAAUACCAAUAGCCAUCUACUAAGCGGCUACUGCUGCGGCAUGCCCAGCGAGCUGAGAGCCACCAAGACGACGGGCUGCUCGCCCUGCACAACGGCAUUUCGGCUGUGCCUGAAGGAGUAUCAGACGACGGAACAAGGCGCCAGCAUAUCGACGGGCUGCUCAUUUGGCAACUCAACAACUAAAAUACUUGGCGGCUCGAGUUUUGUGCUCAGCGAUCCGGGCGUGGGUGCCAUUGUGUUGCCCUUUACGUUUCGCUGGACGAAGUCGUUUACGCUGAUACUCCAGGCGUUGGACAUGUACAACACAUCGUAUCCAGAUGCGGAAAGGUUAAUUGAAGAAACAUCAUACUCGGGCGUGAUUCUGCCGUCGCCGGAGUGGAAGACUUUGGACCACAUUGGCCGCAAUGCGAGGAUCACCUACCGCGUCCGGGUGCAAUGCGCCGUUACCUACUACAACACGACCUGCACGACCUUCUGCCGUCCCCGCGACGAUCAGUUCGGGCAUUAUGCCUGCGGUUCGGAGGGUCAGAAGCUCUGUCUCAAUGGCUGGCAGGGCGUCAACUGUGAGGAGGCCAUUUGCAAGAGCGGCUGUGAUCCCAAACAUGGCAAAUGUGAUCGACCCGGUGAAUGCGAAUGCCGACCUGGCUGGCGAGGUCCGUUGUGCAACGAGUGCAUGGUCUAUCCGGGCUGCAAGCAUGGCUCCUGCAAUGGCAGCGCCUGGCAAUGCGUAUGCGAUACGAAUUGGGGUGGCAUAUUGUGCGAUCAAGAUUUAAAUUACUGUGGCACCCAUGAACCCUGCAAGCAUGGCGGCACCUGCGAGAACACCGCACCGGAUCAAUAUCGCUGCACAUGCGCCGAAGGUUUGUCGGGGGAACAGUGCGAAAUUGUGGAGCAUCCAUGUGCCACACAGCCGUGCCGCAAUGGCGGCACAUGCACACUCAAGCUAACGAAUGCAACCAGACCGACAACAUAUCGCUCCAUGCGUGGCAUGAGCUCCUCCAUGGGCAAACCGAUAAGCCGUCGCAAUUCAAUACGCAGCCUCUCGGGCUUGCUGCAGGAGACACAGAAUGCCAGCAGCAACAGCUCCCAGCAGCAGCAGCAGCAGCAACAACUUCAGCCACAGCAACAGCAGCAGCUGCCGCCACUUGCAGCAGAGUUCACUUGCGGCUGUGCGGCAGGCUGGACGGGUCCAACAUGUGAAAUAAAUAUCGAUGAAUGCGCUGGAGGUCCCUGCGAGCAUGGUGGCACUUGUGUCGAUCUAAUCGGCGGCUUUCGCUGCGAAUGUCCGCCCGAGUGGCAUGGCGAUGUCUGCCAGCUGGAUGUGAACGAAUGCGAAGCAUCCUAUGCCGCCACACUGCCCUCCACCUCGACGCUGCUGACAACCACCGCCAGUGCGAUCAUUGCCAGCAAUCUGAGCAGCUCGGCAGCGUUGUUGGCUGCGCUCACCAAUGCGGUGGCUGCCUCGAAUGCGGCGGGAAACGGGCCGUGUAUCAAUGCACAGGAAUGCCUUAAUUUGCCCGGCUCGUUCUCAUGCCUCUGCCUCGAGGGUUGGGGCGGCGCCACGUGUGCCGAGAAUCUGGAUGAUUGCGUUGGUCAGUGCAAGAACGGCGCCAGUUGCAUCGAUCUCGUCAACGAUUAUCGUUGCGCCUGCGCCGCUGGCUACACGGGACGCGAUUGCGAAACGGAUAUCGAUGAGUGCGCCACAUCGCCGUGCCGCAAUGGCGGCGAAUGCGUCGACAUGGUGGGCAAAUUCAAUUGCAUUUGUCCGCUCGGGUAUUCGGGCACAUUGUGCGAGGAGGCCAAGGAUCAUUGCACGCCAUCGCCGUGUCUGCAGGGCAGAUGCCUGAACACGCCCGGCAGCUACUAUUGCCACUGUCCAUCGGAUCGAGCGGGCAAACACUGCGAGCAGCUGCGUCCGCUCUGCUCGCAGCCACCCUGCAAUGAGGGCUGCUUUGCCAAUGUGAGUGCAACGGCAACAACAGCAACUACAACGACGACGGCAACUACGAAAACAACAGCGACAGCGACUGCAACAGCGACAUUGACGCCAAAUGGGCAGCCCUGCAGCGGUCAUGGCAGCUGUGAGAUGAGCGACGUGGGCACCUUCUGCAAAUGUCAUGUGGGCCACACCGGCACCUUCUGCGAACACAAUCUCAACGAAUGCUCGCCGAAUCCUUGUCGAAAUGGUGGAAUUUGCCUUGACGGUGACGGCGACUUUACAUGCGAAUGCAUGUCCGGCUGGACAGGCAAACGCUGUUCGGAACGCGCCACCGUUUGCUAUGCGGGCCAAUGCCAAAAUGGCGGCACCUGCAUGCCCGGUGCACCGGAUAAGGCGCUGCAGCCGCAUUGCCGCUGCGCUCCCGGCUGGACGGGACUUUUCUGUGGCGAGGCCAUCGACCAGUGUCGUGGACAGCCGUGCCACAAUGGCGGCACUUGCGAAUCGGGCGCCGGUUGGUUUCGAUGUGUGUGCGCCCAGGGCUUCUCGGGUCCCGAUUGUCGCAUCAAUGUGAACGAAUGCUCGCCACAGCCGUGCCAAGGCGGCGCCACCUGCAUCGAUGGCAUUGGCGGCUACACUUGCAUCUGUCCGCCCGGACGUCAUGGACUGCGCUGCGAGAUAUUGCUGUCGGAUCCCAAGUCGGCUUGCUUGAAUGUCAGCAAUACAAUUUCUCCUUAUGCGGCGUUGAAUCAAACGCAGAAUUCGCUGGACACCGCCGACGAUGAGCAUUGCAAUGCCUGUGUCUGCGAGAAUGGCACAUCCCGUUGUACGAAUCUCUGGUGUGGUUUACCCAACUGCAUCAAACUCGAUCCACUCUCCAAAUCCUCCAAUCUCUCGGGUGUCUGCAAGCAGCACGAAGUCUGUGUUCCAGCUGCCACCGAAACUUGCCUCUCUCAGCCUUGUGUUGUGCGUGGCGAUUGUCGCGCUAUGGAGACGCCAUCGCGACGUGUUGCGCCUCCAAGACUGCCGGCGAAGGCCACGUGUUGGCCCAAUCAGGCGCUGGUCAACGAGAACUGUGCCCGACUCACUAUUCUGCUGGAUCUGGAACGUGUUGGUAAGGGAGCUACAGUGGAGGGACUUUGUUCGCUGGUUCGUGUGCUGCUUGCUGCGAGGCUGAUCAAGCUGCCGGUGACACCGCUAGCGAGUCCUGGCGAGGAUCAGGGCAUGCUCAUGGUGCUGUGCGAUGUGAAGACGGGCACCAACGACACCAUCGAAUUGACUGUGUCUUCCAGCAAGUUGAAUGAUCCGCAGCUGCCCGUGGCUGUCGCUCUGCUAGGUGAACUGCUCAGUUCUCGUCAACUCAAUGGCAUUCAGCGACGUAACGAGCUGCAACUGCAGCAUGCCAAGCUGGCGGCUCUAACGUCCAUACUGGAAGUUAAGCUGGAGACGGCGCGUGUGGCCGAUGGCAACAGUCACAGUCUGCUGAUUGGCGUGCUCUGUGGCAUCUUCAUAGUGCUCGUGGGCUUCUCUGUUUUCAUCAGCCUCUAUUGGAAGCAGCGCUUGGCGUAUCGCAGCAGCUCAGGCAUGAAUCUGACGCCACCGUUGGACGCACUGCGUCACGAGGAGGAGAAAUCGAAUAAUCUGCAGAACGAGGAGAAUCUGCGACGCUACACGAAUCCACUCAAGGGCAGCACGAGUUCGCUGCGUGCCGGCAAUGGCAUGGAGCUCAGUCUGAAUCCGGCGCCCGAGCUGGCGGCAACUGCAGCGAGCAGUUCGGCGCUGCAUCGCUCACAGCCGCUCUUUCCGCCCUGUGAUUUUGAGCGUGAACUCGAUGCGAGCACGGGAUUGAAGCAGGCGCAUAAGCGCAGCUCACAGAUACUGCUGCACAAGACACAGAACCUGGACAUGAAGAAGAAUACUGUUGGAUCGCUGGAGAGUCCGCGCAAGGACUUUGGCAAGCGAUCGAUCAAUUGCAAAUCUUUGCCGCCGUCGGCGAGCGAUGAGAGCGGCGAUAUGUUGGCCACUGUGGUGGUCUAGAGCUGAUGGUCGACUUUAAAAAACUGGGCAACGAUCUCACGACCCAACACACAGUCCACAUAAAAACACAGACAGAGAAACACGAAGAGAGAGAGAGAGAAGAGAGAGCGCGUUCUCCGCUUAAAAAGUUCCUCGCAUUUAGCAUGGCAUUUUGCGAUUCCAUUGCCACCGCACGGGGCGCGAUUUCCAAGUGCAUUAGUAGCUUAAGUCUAGUUAGUAUAGUUACUAGUUAGUUACUUACUUAAGCCAGUUAGUUAGUUAGUUUUUUUGGCUGCGUAGUUAGCACUCUUUGUGUUGCAAAACUUUUGUUAGUAGAAUUUCUCAAUCUUUAAGCUCUUUCGCUAUCUUUUGUUUUGACUCGAUCGUUUUUUUAUUUUUCUCGUUUUCAUCGCUAAGCAACAUCCUACACAGUGUGAUAUUUAGUGUAACCCAAAUGCGCGUAUAUCUCGAUGUAGCGCAUCUCUUUGGCCAGCAUAUAGCUUGUAUAUAUAGAUAUGUUAGCAUCGCAUAAGUUGUAAAUAAUUGUAAAGUUCUGUAGUUACCGUUAUUGUAUUUUCGCUAAUCGAAUUAAGCCCAAUAUCAUAAUAAAAGCAAACAAAACACACAUGUUAGACUCUAAAUCAAAUUGUUUAUAUCGUUCGCAAUAAAUAAUUAAUGAUGAUGAUAAAGUAUAAUUAAUGGAAAUAGCUGUGUAUUUAAGUAAUGAUUAACAAAUUGAUUCACAACUCACUCUACAUGUAUUAUAUAGAAACUUAGUAAUAUUUAUUUAUUAUCUUAUCACUCUGUAAGCCAGUUAACUUUGAUCUAGCAGCAAUAAAGCAAUAUCAUUAAUGAUAGUAAAAACAUAAAUCGAACAAUAAAA